AGCGCGCGCUGGGCUGAGCACUGUAGUAUGGAGAGUCGCGCGCGGAGGUGAUGAUGCUUCGUUUAAUGUCCGUGGGGGAGCAGAGCGCGAGCACAGAAGUGUGGAAAGAAGAGUCCAGCCCGAACUGCACCAAACUCCAGGUGGUUCUCUCGGGUUCCCCCAAGACCUCCGCGGUGAUGUUCUCGGCCGGGGUGCUGGGGAACGUGGCGGCGCUGGUCCUGCUGGAGUUCCGGCGAAGGAAGCAGAAGCACAGCGCCUCGCUCUUCCAGGUCCUGGUGACCGCUCUGGUCAUCACGGACCUUCUCGGCACCUUCUCGGCCAGCCCCCUGGUGAUCAGCGCGUACGCGCAGAACCGCUCGAUGCUGGGUUUGAGCCGCAGCCGCGCGGCGUGCAACCACUUCGGCUUCUCCAUGACUUUCUUCAGCCUGGUGACGCUGGCCGUGCUGCUCUGCAUGGCCGUGGAGCGCUGGCUGGCCAUCGGGCACCCUUACCUGUACGAGAGGCGUGUGAGCGUGCGCUGCGGCUACGUGGUUCUGCCCGUGGUGUACCUGGUGUGCGCGCUCUUUUGCCUCGCGCCCUUCCUUGGCGUGGGCUUCGGCAGGUACGUGCAGUACUGCCCGGGAACCUGGUGCUUCUUGGACCUCAACUCGAACUCGGACGAACUCGGACACAAGGUGUACAAGAACGUGUACGCCUCGUGCCUGCUGCUCAUGAUCGCGUGCACCGUGCUGUGCAACGCUUCGGUCAUCUACCACCUGCUGCUCAUGCACCGCAGGAGUAAGGCCAUCAGGAGCUCCUUCAGGAGGACCAGGGGUCAGAGGUCACUGUCCAUCACCGAGGAGGUGGAACAUCUCGUGCUGCUCGGUUUCAUGACCAUCGCCUUCGUCAUCUGCUCUCUUCCUCUGGUGAUCCGGGUGUAUAUGAGCUCAUCAGAUCACGCAAUGGACCUCACGGCUCUGCUGUUACUGUCCAUGAACCCCAUCAUUGACCCCUGGUUGUUCAUCAUCCUCAGUCCACCGGUUCCUCGCCUACUCUGGGAAAAACUGUGUAAGGCCUCCAGGUCCAGAGCCAACCACAAGAAGAUUCUCCACAAACCGUCAGAAACCUGCCCAUCCAACACGCCCAUGGAGCUGCAGAAAUGAAACCUGACCCACUGUGGAGUAGGACCUGCUGAGACUAGACCUUCAUGAGAGAUCUACAGGAUCUUCUACAGGACCUUUUUCAGGGCCAUCUACAGGACCGCCUUUGAGAUCGUCUACAAGAUCAUCAACAGGAUCUACUGUAGAACCAUUUACUGGACAUCCUACAGGACUGUCUAUGGAACCACUUACAAGACUUUCUCCAGGACUGUCUGUGGAACCAUCUACAGGACUUCCUUCAGGACAGUCUGUGGAACCAUCUACAGGACUGUUUAUGGAACCAUCCGCAGGACUGUCCGUGUGAAGCAUCUACAGGUCUGUUUAUGGAACCAUCUGCAGGACUGUUUAUGGAACCAUCUACAGGACAUCCUACAGGACUGUUUGAGGAACCAUUUACAGGACUCUCUUUGGAAUCAUCUAUAGGACUUCCUACAGGACUGUUUAUGGAACCAUCUACAGGACAUCCUACAGGACUGUUUAUGGAACCAUCUACAGGACAUCCUACAGGACUGUUUAUGGAACCUUCUACAGGACAGUCUACAGGACAGUCUACAGGAAUGGACCCUCUACAGUCCCAUCUGCAGGACCACCUAAAGGAACGCCUACAGGACCAUCAGUCCCUCAGACUUUUUGUUUCUGAUACCUACAGUCUCGGACACUGAGAAUAUUUCAGUGUUAGUGUCAGCACUGUUGUAACUGGAUUAGUUGUCCCGAACAAUAACGAUAAAAGGAGCAAUUUAGUAAUUAUCUUUCUGAAAUACAGCCAAUAAUUACAACUUCGUCUUUGCUUGUGUAGUGGCACAUAAAGUCAAGAAUGAGAAAGCAUUUCAUUUAUUUUCAAAAAUUUCCUUUAGAAAUGCAUCACUCGUUAAAGUCGGCAGCAUAGUGGAUAACCACAGAGCCCCACACAGGAAACUAAUGAUUAGUUCCCUGAUAAGUGUGUUUAUAGUUAAUUAUCAACAAUUAUUACCAUCAAACUGUAACAACUACAUAUGCUGCAGAUUCAUAUGGGAUUAAAAUCACACUAUUCACAGAAUGUUUCCAGCUAAAGCUAAUCUAACUCUAAUAGGGCAGUAGAGACUGAUGGCUGA